GAGGACAUGAACUCCAAUCAGGAGGAGGUAUCUGACCCAGAAGAGUGGGCAGAGACCCACUAUGGCAACCUCGAUGUGAACAACUACGAGCGUAUGGUGGCAUUCUCCAGAGCUAAUCAGUUUCGACCACGGAGUGCGCUGGAAUCUUUGAGGAUGAGGCACAACAUAGCAGAAGUGGAUGGCAACCGGGAAGAGGCCAUCAACUAUGCCCGUGCGAUGUCCGAAAUCGAAGCUCUCAUUGACAUUGCCUAG